AUGGAGGCAUCUGCCCACGAGCCGUCAACUGCGGAGGGAUACUUGACCAAGAAGGCCGGCGUCCAGUGGAAACGAUAUUGGUUUGUUCUCGACGACGACGUGAUAACGUACUACUCCUCGGCACGGGGAAACUUGAUUCCGGAGGGCCGCCUGGCCCUCGACGGCAAGUCUACGGUCAUCCAUCUGACCACGCCGGCCAACGCUUUCCAAGUAGUCGCUUCCAACGCGACCGUGCUCAAGGUGUUCGCCGAUACCAAGGAGGAGCGUGAUCGUUGGUUCACGGCCGUGAACAAGCGGAUCAACCAACGGAUGAAGGAAGGGGGCCCGCCACGUCGAAGACGCCAGAACACCAGAAGUGUUGUAUCAGGCGGUAGUACCUUCGAGCUAGACGUUAGGUAUGACAUAAUUAAGCCGUACGGAGGCCGAGGGGUCCGUGCGUUGGACCGCCAGUCGAACAACCAGGUGCUGAUAAGUAAGCAUCGCGGAGCGUUCGAGGAUCUCACUGAAGCCAAGGGCAUCGCUAGGGAUAUCUGCAUCAUGCGGAACUUGGACCACGAGAACAUCCUCAAGGUGGUCGACGUCCUGCCUCCGCCCUCGGUGGAAGACUUCGAUGACGUGUACAUUGUGUCCGAGCUGAUGGAAACCGACCUGCAUCGUGUGAUUUAUUCCAGACAGCACCUCACGAACGAGCAUACGCAGUACUUCCUCUACCAGAUCCUGUGCGCCGUCAAGUACAUCCACUCGGCCUCCUUGAUCCACCAGGGCCUCAGGCCUUCGAGGGUGAUGCUCAACGCGAACUGCGACUUAAAAAUUUCCGACUUCGAGUUGUCGAGGGGAGCGCAAAGCGAGCACAACACGGCCGAUCUGCCGUUUCUUUCAGAGAUCAUGACCCAGUGGUACUGUGCACCGGAGAUAUUGCUCGCCGCACAAAUCUACGACGAGUCCGUCGACCUUUGGAGCGUGGGGUGUAUCUUCGCUGAGAUGCUGCGGCGUAGACCCCUGUUUGUAGGCCUCGACCACAUCGGCGUGCUCACGGGAAUCUCUGCGCUCAUCGGAAAGCCUACCGAGCCCGACCUUUGGUUCGUCACCAACCCAAGGGCAAAGCGGUGCAUGCUGGCACUACCGGACUCCCCGCCUUCCAAUCUGGGCGUCGAGUUCCCCACCGCCAGUUCGGACGCGGUGGACCUGUUGUCGAGGAUGCUCGUCCUCGACCCGAACGAGCGCAUCUCGGCGGAGGAGGCGCUGGAGCACCCGUAUCUAGCGGAACUGCACGAUGUAUCCUCGGAGCCGAUAGCGGAGAUCCCCGUGGACGUAAAGCCCAUCGAAGCGUUUAAGUUUGCGCCCUCGACUUCCUGCCGUUCUCCGAAGGUGGAGCUGACGAAGCACAAUCUGCGGUCGUUGAUUCUCGAGGACGUCCUGCACUUCCACCCUGAGUGCGAGGACCUUAUACAGCCCACCCUCGCCGUGGCGGGGGAGGCAGCGGCGACGCCUGUCUCGGAUGGAGACGGCAGCCGAUCAUCAUCAUCACCCCGCUCGAACGACGCCCGCGGUAGCAGCAGUGGCCUCGCAGGAUCGAGAUCGGAAGCAGCAUCAGCCUGACCCCCCCCGUCUCGAGCAGUAGAGCCUAUGGCUGCCACCGCUACCAAGGGCAGCCCUGCCAGCGGCGCCAACACUCCAAUGCCCAAAGCCCCAGCAUCAACGACACCUCCCGGCGAGAUGGCAAAGAAUGCGGCCGAUGAAGAAGUUGGUCGGUCUUAGGGGGGAGUCUGUGACCGUGGAAGGAACCCGUAGGGUCAGCGGUUACGCUAGGGAUAUAUAUAUGUUCCGCUCUCUCUCGUAUCUCUUCUCUGCACUGCUCUUACGUAUGAAAAUAACGGGGCAAACCCGCGAGGAAGUGUUGAAGGCAUGGCGGGAACUGGACAACAAGCGGGGUUCCGUAGAACUCGGUGUCCGCUCAUACCGCCAGAGCGAAGCUACUAAAACCGCACGAAACGGCAGGGUACCGAGUCCCCCGGUUUACGUGUCGAAAGUACGUGUGGUUGAGGUUGUGCUCGAAGCGGGCUUUCUGGAAGAAAAGGAGCUAAGGCUGUCGACUGCAAAAAAAAUGCGAAGGUGGACCACAAUAGUACCUGUCGUGCGUUGCCGUACGGGGCGAUCGGUCAGGUUGGAUGAAACAUAAGUCAAGGCUGCUUGAUCCUUCCGGAGGAUGUUACUGGUAUGUACGUUUUGCAGUCGUCGUUCUGAUGGGCAGGAGUGUCGUGGUGUUUGACAACGUCUCACGGCGAGAAGCAAUCUGGACCAUGGUCGAGACCACAAGUAGAUGCUUUUGUGCUCAUGAAGUUUGCUUCUUUCCCGACGUACUGCGUCUAUGUUGUAGAAGGUUGGUUCAGCCAACGAGAUGUAUCGUGUAUGCAUGUGUGUAACAUCAUGUACACGUUGGUAGCGGUGGAUGAUGUACUCGAGAGCACCAGGAGUUUGUAGUGGUGGUUU